AUGGAAUCAGCUGCCUCCUGUUGUUCUACCCACCUGAUAGAUGGAGAUGGUACUUUUAAUGCAGCUGGACUCGAGAAAUUUAUGAAGGAAGUAAAACUUUCUGAAUGUGGACUUUCGUAUGCAAUUGUUUCCAUCAUGGGCCCACAAAGUAGUGGGAAAAGCACACUUCUAAAUCAUUUAUUCCAUACCAACUUCCUGGAAAUGGAUGCUUUCAAGGGAAGGUCUCAAACCACCAAAGGUAUUUGGAUGGCAAGAUGCACUGGUAUUGAACCUUGUACUGUUGUUAUGGAUCUUGAGGGUACAGAUGGAAGAGAAAGAGGAGAGGAUGACACUGCAUUUGAAAAACAAAGUGCACUUUUUGCACUUGCUGUUUCAGACAUAGUGCUUAUUAACAUGUGGUGUCAUGAUAUUGGUCGUGAGCAUGCUGCAAACAAACCUCUACUAAAAACUGUAUUCCAGGUAUAUCAUGUGUAUUUCUUCUCUUCCUAUAUAUAUUCUUAUACGGGUUUAUCAAAGUACAGUGCUUUAAUAGGAAGAAAUGGAAGUAGAAUGCUCGAAUAUACAAGUGAUGACACAUUAUUUAGUCCACGGAAAACAACAUUGAUUUUUGUCAUACGUGACAAAACAAGAACUCCUCUGGAAAAUUUAGAGCCUGUAUUGAGGGAAGAUAUCCAAAAGCAAGCUGAUUGGGACUCCUCCAAAGCAAGGGUUAAACUUUCUCAUGACAUCGAUUCACAUAUUGCUGAUGUAAAGACUGCUAAGAUUUCUGAUCUUACUGCAUUAUAUGAGUCAAAAGUAAAGACGACAUUAUAUGGACCUGUGGAAGCUCUUCUAGAAGGGGCUGCUGAUGACACGUGGCAUGCAAUCAGGAAGCUUCUUAGAAACGAGAGCGAGACAGCUGUAUUUGAGUUUUCUGAUGCACUUUCUGGUUUAGAAAUGGAAGAAUCCGCCAAGAAAAAUCUACUUUCAAGAUUGGAGAAUUAUGCAGUAGAAGUAGUUGAAGGGAAGACUAAAGAAGAAGCUGCUAAAGUUCUAAACCGCAUGAAAGAGAGGUUUACAACCAUAUUUAACCAUGAUAAUGAUCUAAUGCCACGUGUCUGGACUGGAAAAGAAGAUAUUCGUGCAAUCAAUAAAACUGCCCGCACUUCUUCUUUGAAGUUACUAUCUGUGUUGGCGGCAAUUCGCUUGGAGGAUUAUGGUGAUAAAAUUCAGGGUAUACUACUUGUGGCUUUAGCUGAUCCUGCCCAAGCGUCUGAUAAAAACUCCAAUGUUCAAGACCCUUUGGCAACAAGCAAAUGGGAAAAGAUUCCAGCAGACAAGACGUUGAUAACUCCUGUCCAGUGUAAAUCUUUAUGGACCCAAUUUCAAAAGGAGACAGAGUAUGCAGUCAGUCAAGCUAUUUCUGCCCAGAAAGCUAACAAACAAAAUAACAACUGGAUGCCUCCUCCAUGGGCUAUCCUUGCCUUAUUUGUGUUAGGGUUCAAUGAAUUCAUAACUCUUUUAAGGAAUCCAUUGUACCUGAUCUUAAUUUUCAUCACCUUUUUGCUUAUAAAAGCCUUAUGGGUUCAAAUGGACAUAGCUUCCGAAUUCCAACAUGGCGUGUUUCAUGGGUUUCUCUCGUUGUCCACUAAGCUUAUUCCAACCAUCUUGAACCUCAUUAGAAAACUCUCCGAUGCUGGCCAACGCCAACCACCACCACACUAA